AUGGAAUCAAACUCCGAAAAUGUCCCUUCACAGAAUAAUGAACGUCAACGAAAAGUACAAUCUCUAAACGUGUCAACUUUACCGGGACUAAUAAAUUUUGAUCCAAGUUCUCCUCCUAAUUCACCGAAUUCACCAAAAAAAUCGCGCCCAAUGUCUAUGUUUAUUCACCCUCAGGAAAGACUAGCUUCAGAACAAACAACUAAUUCCGCAAUGGUGGCUCCGGAAGCCUCCUAUUCAAAUAAUAAUGUUCCCUUUUCGUUUCCACCUGCUACAAAUUCAGAGGUUGACGUCGCCUCUGUGAAUUCUUUCAGAACCAUCGAUACAAAUCAAACCGGUGAUCAUGAAAGUUUGUCUUCAGAUAUCACAGACCGUGCGAACGAACCACAGGGUUUGAUUAAAUUACUUUGCGAAAUUGAUGGAGGUCUUGGAAUCGCUCUCGAACGAGUUAAGCAAUGCUCAUCAUCGGCUAAAGCAUCAACUUUUUUGAAAAAAAGGGCAGCAAUUGAAGAUGAAUAUGGAAGAAUGAUGAUUAAGCUGGCUAAAAGUAUGCAGGAAGGACAUCAUACUAAUGAUACAAAACAAGGCUCGUAUGGUGAAAAUUGGCUUUACAUGUUGAAACUACAUGAAUCUAUUGGCGAAAAUAGGGUUAAAUUUGCAGCAGCAAUUCAAGAGAUAUCUGAAGAAAUAACGGCGCUUUAUAAGGAAACAGAUAAAAGUAGAAAAAAUCUUAAAGAUUCGGGUCAAAAACAUGAAAGAACAAUUCAAGAUGCAGAACAAGCUUUGGAAAAGGCUAAAAACAAAUAUGAGACACAUAGUGAAGACUGGGAGCGCACAAUUUUAAUAAAAAAUGGUGAAGUAGUUCCUAGUUUGAAACCAAGAACUUUAACAAAAGCUAUUUUUUCUAAGCAGCCAAAGUCUCCCACACAGCUGGUAAAGAUGGAAGAAGAUGCGAGGAAUAAAGCAGCAACUGCCAAUGAUACUUAUAAACAUCAUUUAUCAAUUACAAAUGCGGCUCGGCACGAAUAUUUUGAUAUACAUUUACCUCGCAUGGUUACGGCACUCAAAGAUAUUUCCGACGAAUGUGAUAUAGGCCUACAAUAUCAUCUAGCUCGUUAUACCUACCUUUUUGAGAAUACUAUGGUAAGCGACGCAUUGGUUAUAAGUCCCGUCAAUACCGAAGAUGGUCCUUCUAUGCGAAAGAUCGUUGAACAGAUCAAUAACGAAGAAGACUAUUACUCAUAUGUACAAACAUGCAGUGCAAAAGCGAAAAAAACGAAACACCAUGAUAUCCCAUACGAUCGAUAUAAUAUGCAAGCAAUUAAUAUAAUAAAUCCAAAAAAUAUUUUUGGAGUUGACUUGGCUGAACAAAUGCGAAGAGAUAACCAUGAAGUUCCUUUGAUUUUAAUUAAGUGCGCAGAAGCAAUUGAGCGAAAUGGCGGACUUGAAAGUCAGGGCAUUUAUCGUGUUUCAGGUGUUCAAUCACAUAUUCAAAAGUUGCGGGCAUCAUUUGACAGAAACGCGGAAGCUGUAGACUUGAAUGCGGAAGAAUGUUUUUCAGAUGUUAAUAACAUCACUAGUGUCUUAAAACUAUGGUUUCGUGAAUUACCGGAUCCACUUUUUCCAAGAGAAAUGUAUCAAAAUUUUAUCAAUGCCGCAAAAACUCCUGACGAAAAAAAACGUGUUCUAGAACUACACGAAUGUGUCAAUAAUCUUCCAGAUCCAAAUUAUAGCACUCUAAAAUAUUUAAUGGGACAUUUACAUAAAAUUGUUCAGAAUCAAGAUAUAAAUAAAAUGAACGUUCAAAACCUUGGAAUCGUGUUUGGGCCAACAUUGAUGGGCAGUCCCGCAAUUUCAAAUCCAGUAUCAUUACAAAAUUCAAGUACUGCACCUGUAGCACCCUAUGUUGCUUCAGAUGGUGGAGGGUUUAACGAUAUGGGUUGGCAAUGUAAAGUUGUUGAAAUUAUAUUGGAAAAUUACAUUGCUAUAUUUGU